GUUCAGUCACCGGUCUGAGUCGAAAUAACGUGCGAAACUGCGAUUUUAACAUCUUCCCGAAAAUUUCUGGUGCCAAAAUGUCAAACCCUAGCGCACUCGUGAGGUGACCGGUGAUGCUUUGAUCUGAAAUAUGCACAAGUUCCUUCUUUGAUUACGCUUCUGAGUGUGGCGAUGCUUCGAGAAAAAAAAUGAGGACCAGGAGAAUGUCUGGAGAUGAUUGCCAUCCUAGAGCUUGUGCUGGGAAGAGGAUCCCCAAGGGCUGCAAGAAGUAUAGGAAGAAUCCGGAGAAUGUUGUUGUCAUUGAUGUAGAUGGUGAUGAUCAUCCAGAUGUAGUGAUUAUUGAUGUCCCUGAUUCUUUCAAGCACAAGGUACGAGAUUCCGCUGCACCUAGGAAGGAAAGGAAGGUUCCAUAUCAUAAGGUUAUUAGCAUUGAUGAUGAGGACAGUGAUGUCGACCACCCAGGCUUUACUGAUCCAGGUGUUAGUGAGUUGGAUAGUGAUGCUACAUCUAGCAAAAGAUCCUUUCCCUCGCCAGACAUCUCGGGGAAUCAUGUAGAUAGUGUUAAUCAAUUUCAUAAUUUUCAAGCGGAGAAGUCUUCAUUCAAGUUGUCAAAGUGCCAGAAGUCUCGCACCGGAAAAGCUCCUUGCAGAAACCGCUAUGGGUUAAGUCCUGAAUCAGAGGAUGGUUUGUCUGAAAGUGAUUGUUCCGAUUGUGAGGUGCUGGAAGGUUCAUUUGAGGAGCUUCGUGAGCAGUGGGAAAAGGCUUACUCAAAGCGAAGGCAUGGGAGUUUUAAUUGCAGAUAUGGCACAGAGGACCAGGCUAGCACUUCCAAUUUUCAUGGAGGUGCUCGCACUAAUGUUGGAGUAGACUAUAGGGAUGACUUUUGUCCUGGAGACCCAAUAUCUUCGUUUUCAACUUACAACAAAGAUGCGGGGAACCUAUCUCACGAUAAUGAUGACCAUGUGGAUUUCCGGGAAAGAGGAUGUUCCCAACCUGAUCAGGAGAAUGCUUGCUUGAGAUCUGAGACAAAAGAGCAAGAUCAGUUUGUCCCUGUACAUGGAAAUGGAGAAGAGACAUUUAGAGAUAAAGAUCAAGCUCAUGCUGAGCACAGAAAUUCGAGCAAUAAUAGUAUGGAUUUCCAUUGUGAAGACCAAAGUCCUAAAGAUGCAUAUUGGUGGUUUAAUAUGGAAGGUGAUAAGCAAGAUGAUUGUACAGGAGAAAGUUCUGAGGAAAGUGAGGAGAGAAAUACGGGAGCAUCUUGUCCCCGCUCUCCUGUGUCAGCAAAUUGUGAUGAUAAAGAGCCUGAUUUAAAUAGGAGUCAGGCACCUGGUGAAGCAAAUGUACCUGAGAGAGUUCUGAGGGAUCGUCAUGAUGUGAGUAACAGUUCUUCUCCAAAUGAAACGCAUUAUGAGAGAGCUGCUAGCUAUAACGAAGAACUUCUUGGGGAUCAAUCAGUGCAGAAGUCCAGAUUAUCUGAUGAAAUAGAUGAGACAAAUGGUGAGAUUGAUGGAGAUCUUCUGAGAAAGUCAUCAGCAAACUGCGAUCCCAAAGAGAGUCAUGAAGCAGCUUGGGGAAAACCAGAACACCUUGUGGAGAGAACUUGUUCAAUGAAGGAUCAGGACCCAUUUGUUACAUCAACAUCGAAAACUAAAUCUAAUGAGGAAACGGGUGGUAAAGGUUCGCUUAUUACGCAGGAUAGCAUUAUAAAUGGACGAGAAAAGCUGAAGGAGACGGAUGAAUACAGGCGAGCACAGGAGGAGGAAUGGGCUUCUCGAAAGCAGCAGUUGCAACUACAGGCUGAAGAAGCCCAGAGGUUGCGAAAGAAAAGAAGAGCUGAAACUCUACGCAUGCUAGAAAUGGAAAGGAGGCAAAAGCAACGUGUGGAGGAAGUGAGGAAGACACAAAAGAAGGAUGAGGAGAACAUGAACUUGAAAGAGAAACUACGUGCUGAAAUAAGAAAGGAGCUCACAAAAUUGGAAAUGUCUUGCAUUGAUAUGCCGUCAUUACUCCGUGGCUUGGGGAUCCACGUGGAAAGCAGCUCUGUUCCACUUGAGGUGCACUCUGCUUACAAACGCGCCCUCCUGAGAUUCCACCCCGACAGAGCAUCAAGAAAUGACAUCCGGCAGCAGGUUGAAGCCGAGGAGAAGUUCAAGCUAAUUUCCCGCAUGAAGGAGAAGUUUCGGCUGACAUCUUGUCAUUAGAACACUGAGCUGACAUAUUGUUUCGUUCAGAAAUCGGCAGGUCCUGACAGCGGUUACAUGUCUCAAAGCCCUUUCAAACUUCUUGUUUUCUAGGACAUGCCAAGAGUUAGCAAAUUUUUGUUAAUAUAUACCCUUUCUCAGAAGAGAAAAUGUCUUUGAUGAAAAUGAGCCGGGGGAGAAAAUGUCUGCAAAGAAAAUGAGCCGUCCCGCCUUAUAUCCUUACUUGCACCGGGAAAAAAUUUUCUUAUACAAGAGUUGUGCUCAAAACUGUGUUGUGUCAUCUGUUGUGCAUGUAGAUGUGACUUGAACUGCUUCUGUUCAUUCCUUUGGAUCCGAAUCGAGGGGGAAAAUUAUUUCGUAUCUCGGACAUUUUCAUGUCUCAAUCAUCUGGUUUAUUAAGUCGCAAAAUCGACUGGAACCACAACACUUCGAGUUUUGCAAGUGACUUUUUUAUUGAGCUCGGGAAUAUUUUGCUGUAUUGUAUGCUUAAUAGCUCUUUACA